AUGAACAUAGUCGUUGUUUUCCAACUCGUCGCCGUCAUCUCGGCUCGAUCCUUCCACCACUUCUGCAGCAACCACCAAAUGAAGAACCUCAUCAACUUGUCUAAUGUUGUCAAGCAAGUCUACGAAAACGACAUUCUUGAGAGAAAAGUCUUCAGCAGCCGACGACGACGACACCACCCAGUUAACGUCAAUGCUCCGAUCGAUGAGUUCUUCGUCUCUCUCGAAUCCGAACUCAGCAUGCUUCAACGAGAGCUUGAAUACACCCCUUCUGAAAUGGUCGUCUUCACUACUAUCGCCGAUACAGUUCGAGUUAUGAACGAUCUUGUCCGACAAGAAUUGACAAAGAAAGAGUUGGCCAUUUCCGACACUGUCCGAUCGCACAAAAAGCUAGGAGUUAACUCUGAAUUCGUCCGGGAGCGCGUUUCUUUGAAGCUCUCCAAGCUUGUUAAUAGCUUUCUCUCUAUCAAAGCCCAGUGCAACUUGUAA